AUGGAUCCUUUCUCAGCGGAGGGUGAGCUCCUCAACAUUCACAAUGCCUUUCACUCCGGUCAAUACCAGAACGUGAUCGACUUCGACACCUCCGCCCUUUCCUCCGAGAACCAGCUCCCUGCUCGUGUACUCAAGCUUCGUGCUCAGAUUGCCCUUGGCCAGACCGACGAGGUCUUUGCUGCUGUCUCUAGCGAUGAGGAUAAUCCUGACUUGGCCGCGACCAAGGCUCUGGCACAACAAACCGCAGGCAAGGCCGACGCCGCCCUCCAGCUGUCCCAAGAUCUUGCCGAGAACUACCCGGAUAAUGCCACCGUACAGGUGCUCGCUGGCACGGUGCUUCAAGCCCAGGAAUAUAGUGAAGAAGCGCUAGCCUUGCUGUCUAGGCACCAGGGCAAUCUCGAGGCCGUCGCUUUGAUUGUUCAGAUUCACCUUCAACAAAACCGAACCGAUCUCGCCCUGAAGGAGGUGCAGGCCGCCAAGCGCUGGGCCCAGGAUUCCCUGCUCGUCAAUCUGGCCGAAUCGUGGGUCGGCAUGAGAGUUGGUGGCGACAAAUACCAGUCCGCUUUCUAUGUCUAUGAGGAACUUGCCUCCUCUCUCAGCACAUCUGCUGCCCUCUCGAUUGUCGGCCAGGCCGUUGCAGAAAUCCACCUCGGUCGCCUCCCCGAGGCCGAAGCCGCUUUGAAUGCCGCCCUAGAGAAGUACCCCGGUGACGCCGAAUUGAUUGCCAAUUCGAUCGUGCUGAACGUGCUGGCUGGAAAGCCAAGUGCGGAUCUGGAAGCCCGGCUGAGCCAAACACAGCCUUCUCACUCUCUUCUAGCUGAUAUCCAGGAGAAGAGCACAUUCUUCGAUACCGCAGCCGCUAAGUACUCGCCGAAGGUGUCAUCGUAG